AUGGAUCCGUUCCAAUGGCAACAGUAUCCGCAACCGGGUUCCUCAUCAUCAGUUUCCGGUACAUCGGAACUGUUUAGUUCAACGUUUGCCAUGCUGAGCGACACGGCCGCCGCCACUUAUCCAGAACAAUGGCACGAAAAUAAGUCAGAAUGCGACUCGACGUUCUACUUUGACGCUGUGCCAGGCCCAUACGCGCAACAGCAGCCCAACAAUAUGUACUAUCCAGUGCACGAACAGAGAUUCCAGCCAUCUUUUCCGGAUGCCUACCAUCGCGUUGCCGCCCCACAUUUCGAGCAUCAGGUGCCUCUAUCGGAACCGAUUCAGAUCACUGCCAAUUAUCCUCCGAUGCAUUUCACUCAUCACCAAUCUCAACAAAAAAUCGAUUUUCCGUCAGCUACACUUUCGAUGGGUGCCGGUCAGCAGCCAGCGCCUCCUCAGACGAUUCUCCCUACUGCUCCACUACCUCGUCCUUCUACCGUAUCACCAUGUGAGCAAACGUCACUCAGCAGCCCGACACUGACCUCAAACAGCGGAUCGGCUGCUUCCGAGACUCCGCCUAUUGCCGGAGAAACGAUCUCAACGGAUCUGGAGGGUCCUGAUAAUGAGCGAGUGAUGUGCAUGGCCUGCCGAGGUGUUUAUCCUUCCAGACGAAGCUUAACAGGCCACAUCGGGCGGAACGAAAAAUGCCGUGAAAUCAUAGGACGAAACUACCUGGACCAAGUGGCGAUGGGAGCGAAUCCAAUUGCGCCGGGCACAGAAAACGCCAUCAAAGCAGGAGCGUUGACGAACGGUCACGACGGUCUCAGCCCUAUCUGCCCUCACUGUGAUCGCUUCAUCAGCCAUUACAAGGGUAACAUCCGGCGGCAUAUAAAUCAAUGCGGUAAAAAUGAAAGUCCUCAAAAAAGACCGCGAGCCGAUAAGGACAGGCGGCGCGAUGCGAAACGAAGACGUCAUGACGAAUCCAUGCUACCGCAUGUGCUGCAUGAAGGUUUUGACCCUGCAACGGGGACUCAAAACUCUGGUCUCCUGGGAUCCCCAGUAAUGUCUCCGUCACUGGGUUCCUACCUCCAUGAACAGGACCUACAGCAGGACGGCAUGGCAUACAUGAACGGUCACUCGAUGGAGCAGCAAAUCCAACUGCCCAGCGAUCCAUCACCACCGGGUGGUCCAAGAAAAGAAGCUGAUCCGCCCGAGGAUGCCUACAUUUGCGAUAGUUGUGAAUUUGUCACUAUUUACAAAGGUAACAUGAAGAGACACCUCAACACCUGCCAUCCUGCUCCUGAUUGCAAGGAUCUCAAAGAGUGGGAUCGUAAACUGGAAAGUAUGCGAGCGUCAGUGAUGGGCAUGAGCCGUGUGGAGAUGAUCGAUCGGCUGAAUGCUCACCGAAUGAAUUCGACUCGUGGACGAAAACCUAGGGGAAAGAAGCACGACGACAGUGCACAGACAUUGGUGCAAACCGAUUUCACACCGAUGCACUACGGCUAUGACAUGAUGAACAGCUUCCCACAAUUAUGA